AUGGCGAGCAGUAAGAAGAGUGCUCCGCUUUCCUCUUUGGCAGACUAUGGGGACGAUUCAGAGCCCGACUCGGAUCCUGAAAGCGAGGAGACAGGUUUGUGUCAGAUAUUUUAAUAAACUGGUCAUCUGUGUGGUGAAGAUUAGUAAAUCGUCUCAUUAUAUUGUGAGUUUUGCUCUGUUUUUCACGGGCUCGCUAACAACAGCUGGAGAUUAGCUUGCACAGCUAACAUCACAGUCUGUAUCCACAUUUGUUGUUGUUUUUGUUUUUGAAUACAAAUCGUGAGGAAUAAUUUGUUAGACUUUUAAAGUCUUGAUUUUUCCUGGUCUUGCGAAUGUCGUUGAAAUCUGAUGUGUUAUUUCACUGUAUCUGUUAACUCAGUACUAUAGUAAGUAUAUCUUUAUUUAUCCAACAGCUUUGUCUCAACGUACAUAUGUUUGUGUUCAUGUUUUGAUUGACUGAGCAUGGAUAACCUUCCAACACCUCGCCUCUAUAUUCAGUGAUAGUCACCAUUUCUCCCGCUUUUUUCGGUCUUUCUGUCAUGUAACGCUCCUAUUGUUCUCUCCCCCUCCGGUAGGGGGUCUCGCAGGAGGUCUGGUUUAUGGCUAUGGAGAUGAUGACCUGAACCGAACUGAAGAUGUGGAGGACAAACCGUCUGCAGAUGAAGACAGCAGAGAGAGCCACUCGGUCAGUACUGGAGUUACUGGAGAACGCACAUGUUUCUCAGGAGCAUUACCCAUCUUUGUACUUGAACUGAUCUUACAUGUGGAUUUGAAAGGUUGAAUCACUACAGCCUGAAAGCUGGUUUGGUUUUACGAGAGGCUACUCUGACUUGUACACUGAGAUCAGACCUUGUUUUCAGUGAUACGUGUGAAGCACUCAGGUUAUGUUAAUGGUGUAGGGUGAUCUACUGGUCCCUCAUCACCAGACUUGUAAUAAAGGAUGGCCCUUAACUUUAAAACGAGAUGACCCUCUUAACACAAACGCUUGAGAUUAAAUGCCAGGAUCCUGAUCCUAUUGUCAAUAUAGGACAACUCAAUUAUCUCCUAAAUACAGGUUUUGAUGGGUUUGUAUAUAAUUUAAAACCUAUAUUUCGUUGAAAAUAGUGCAAAGACAAUGUAUCAAACAUUAAAAGUGAAAAAAAUUGUUGGACAACUGCUCUACUUCCUGAAAUACUGCUGCCCCCAACUGCUGUUUUAUGAAAAACAUUCUCAUUUUAAUUUUGAUGACAGCAACACCUUUCAAAACAGUACAGGGGAUUGUUAAUUAUUGUGUUGCAUCACCUCUGUUUUCAACAACACUGUUAAAGUUUGCAAACUCCGGAGACCAGUUUCUGGAGUUCAGAAAGUGAGAUGUGCCCCAUUCAUAUAGGAUUUUAAACAGUUCAGGGUCUGCUUUUAUAUCAUGAUGUGCCUAAUAUUUUUGAGAGGUAACAAGCCAGCACAGCAGCUAGACCAGUUUAGCAGUGGGACUCUUCUACUACAGAGCCAUACUGUUGUAAUCCCUAUUGUCAGAGUGUGGUUUGUCAUUGCCUUGCUGAAAUAUGAAGGUCCUCACUGAAAAAGUCUUUGUCUAGAUGGCGGCAGAUGUUGCUCCUAAACCUGUAGAUAUUGCUCAGCAUAAAUGGAGCCUUCACAGAUGUGAAAGAUACCCAUGACAUGGACUGGAUGGUCCCUGUACCCUCAGGGAUGCUGGCUUUGAACUGGGAGCUGAUAAGAAACUAUGUGGUCCCUCUUCUCUAUGGGACAAGUGGUACUGAUUUCCUAAAAGAACCUCAAAUUUAAUUUGUUAGACCACAGGACAAUUUUCCUCUUUGCCUCAGUCCAUCUUAAAUUGAUUUGGGCCCAAAGAAGUUGCCUGCCUUUCUCGAUUAUGCUCAGACUUUUUGUCCUCUUUGCAUGGUUCAGUUUUAACCCUAUUGUGGAUGCAGUGAUGAACUGUAUUCCCAAACAAGGAUUUUUAAAGGGAUUUUGAGCCCAUGCUGUGAUUUUCACUCCAGAGUCCUUUUUGUACAGAGAUUUCUCCAGAUUCUCUGAAUCUUUUAAUGAUACUAUGUUCUGUUGAUGAUGAAAUCCACUCAUUGUUUCACAUAUGACACUCAGAAACAUUAUUCUGAAACUGUUGAAUCAUUAGCUCAUGCUGUCUUUCAACCUCUUCCCAUCUUUCCUUCUGAGAGACUCAGGCCCCAACUACACGAAUGCAGAUAUAUUUCCACACCAAAACGUGAGGUUAGACCACUCAAACCAGAUAAAUCUGAAUCCGAAAAAACAAGUGGAGAAAUAAAAAAAAUACCCGUAUAAGUGGAUUCGUGUGGUUAAACUUUUACGGAUUGAGGACGUCAAACCGCAGCUCACGCAUGCAAAUUAAAAAGAAAAACAACAAUGGCGGACAUACAGGGUAUUCUUUACGUUUGUUUUGCCCUUUUGGGGCUAAUUUCAGCCUUGCAAGUGAACCUUGUUUUAUAUCCACCAGUCAGCCAGCUCACAGAGGCGUCUGCUUUGUUAUAGCCACCACACCGUCACAUGGACCCGACGCACUAGCGUAGCUUCCGCAAACAAUGCAUGACGUGUCACGCUGUUAAGAUUCAUCGGCCAAUCAGGUAGCUUUGUACCUGAAUUUUCUUUUUAAGCGGCACCAGAUAGGAUUGAGUUUGAAGCAUAGACUGUAUAUAAGAUGGACAGAGUCUGCCUCCUCACUGGGUGAAGCCAAAUCCGUAUGGAGGGGGAACCAGGUUGCCCAUCUUAUAUACAGUCUAUGGUUUGAAGGCUACGUGUGGACAUAGAUAUUUUUGAGAACUAACACGUGUGGACAGAUACAUUUAUUUAGAAGGGAGUACAAAAAUAUCCUGAUAAAUAAAUAUCCAUAUACGUGUAGUCUGGGCCUUGGCCUCUCUGAAUGUCUUUUCUUAUUCCCAGUCCUGUUACUAAACUGAUGCACAUUAAUGUAGUUAGUUUAGAGAUGAUCUUUUAGGUAUUUGUUUAGCAUUUCACCACUGUUUCAAUGUACGUGACUUUCUUUGGUGGUUUUCUAGCAGCACAACUUUUUCACUGUUUUGUUUCUCUGGUUCAAACAGUUUGAAAACAUGUUGCCGUCAUCAAAUUUGAAAGAAGUGUACAUAAUCAUUGCCUUUUAGUUUAAACAUUUGAUACGUUGUUUUUGCACUUUUUUUAAGUUACGUAAAAGUUUGGAAUGAUUUGGGAAAAAAAAUAGUUACAUUUCACGCAGCUUUCCAACUGUUAUGGAAUUAAGGUUGUGAAAAAUGGGACGACGGUAGGUUUUUAUUUUGGGUCAACCCUUGAAAUCAUCCGAUUUCAACAAUAUAGCAUUAUGAAUUAAACUGGUCAACCAGCCUCCCCUUAUGGCUGACUCUUCACAAUGCUAGAUGUUUUGUUUUUAAAUAUCGUCAAAUGGCUGAUUUUCUGGACACUAUGAGAAAUGCUUGAUUGGAUUUGGUGUCACUCCUUGAUGACUUCAAUAACUUGCGAGUUCAAAGUGGCCACAUGUCUGCAGUGGGCCUCACUUUGCCAUAUAGCACAAUAUAAAUGCAUAAACACCUGUUUAUGUUCAAUAUAUGUCCUGGUUUUUAAAGAGAUGUAUAAAUAUACAAAAUUCAAUUACCAGUGCUAGUUGUUUCAUGAGAACUUGGUGAUGCCUUAGUCCAUUGUAGAAAGGUGUUUUGGUGUGAAAGCUGUAAGUAGACAGCUGCAUGGCCUAUGUAAGAACUACAUUGUGUUACUAUAACCUUUAUAAAAAUGGAAGACCUGUUUUUGCAGUCUUCUUCUGGAGGUUGUCACAGCACUGGCUGAUGUCUGGCCUGUACUGCUGCUUCCUUCACCCCCCUGCUCUGCUCUCCUUAUGAUCCUUGCAGCGUUAACCUUCUGCAUUUUUGUUUUAUAGGAAAUGGACGAAUCUGACGAGGGGAGGGACGCAGAUGAUGUUGAGGUAUUUGAACCCCCACCUGGUGUGGGAUAGAUGGGAUUUGCAAAAGGGUUUGAACUUUGAAGCCUAACUGAUUUCUCACCUCUCGCCUUAAGACUCACCCAAAUAACCAGCACUGUCACCACAUGCAGUGACAAAGCGUUUUCACUUGAUGGUGCUGUUGGUUCACAUUAGUUAAAUGAACGUUCACAAUGAACUAAUGAGGCACUUUAUGCUUGUACAGCAAUGUCUAUGGCUUGCACUGAAGUAGAUGGACCUCUGCAUUUGAAUGUGCCUUUUAGACCUCUUAUGGAGUGAGAGGAGUUGUUUUUAGAGCGCCCUGACUGCUUUGAAAGGCACGUCUCACUGUCCUCACUCUGUGUGUUUUAAAGCUGUGUGAGCUGAACAGCAGGCCAGCUGAGGUUUAGUUAGGUUAUUGAGGUCAGAAUGAGCCUCCAAAUGUGUCAAGUCAAAAAAGAGUCACUUAAAUUUUAAAUGUUUUAUUAUUAUUAUUAUUAUUAUUAUUAUUAUUAUUAUUAUUCAAUUUACCUGAGGUUGUGUUGAUAGCCUGUUUGAUCAUUGUGUGAUAAAGUGGAAGUUUGUGAGAGUUUAGUGUCUUACUUAAGAGAUAACAGCAUUGGCAGUGUUGUUGUAACAAGUCAAAGUGGGAUUUCUCAAAAAUAUGUGUGUUGUCAUGUGUUAAAUUACUCCCAGCGAUGACAAUCAAGAUUUCCAGGAAAGCUGAUGUCACAUUAUUUUUUACUUUGCACAAUUGGAAUCAGUAGUCUAUAUUAAAAUGGUGUUUUUUAGGUGUUCUGUUGUCUGAAUCAUUAGAGGAGUGCUUCUUAGAUGUGUCAGGUUGAGUUUUAUUAUGUGACAAAUUAUGAGAGGAGGCUUUAACUUUGUCCUCCACUAUUGUCGGUUUUCUCAUCUUCUUCACCUUAUCUGACCAGCAAAUAGCAGCUGCUCGUUGGUGAUUUUACUUAAGAUAAAGAGAUCACAAUACACCGCAUAUUCUUGGUUAAGUGGAGUGUUUGAAGACUGAUGAAAACCUUUGAGACAUUGUAGGAGCCAUUUAUCAGCAAACUUUUGAUCAGUCUUUGAACUUUAAUCUGAAGAGUUCAGUUCAUUUUAUGACAGCUUUUUAAAAAUAUGUUUUGCAAGUUGAAAAGAUCUUAUUGAUACUGAUGCCAUUAAUAUUUUGGCCUGUUAGUCCAAUUCUUUAUAGAUUCCUUUGUAAUUUUUUUUCUUAAAAAAUAAUACAAAGGUUUACUGUGUCAGCUGAACAAACUUUAUUCAGAGUGUAAUUAGCAUCAGUGCUCUGAUGAGGCAUUUAAAGGUCAGCUAAUCAUAGAUACAGCCUCUGAUUUUUUUAAACUAAGAUAGCACCCUUCUAUAAGCAUUGUCAGCUAACGAGAAAUCACACUCACCACUAAAAUAAUCCAUAAAUCAUCUCAUUUUUAACGGAUUGGAUCUGAACAGUCUCUGAAAAUACACUAAUCUUCUCCGUGGGAUAAAAAAGCUCCUGGAGGCAUAAGGAUUUAUCCCUGGAAAGCUGCUUGUCUCACAAAGUGAGGGGAUUUUACAAUAGGGCAGUAUUUAGUACAGUUCUAUUUUUAAAAGCUGAUAUUGUAGACAACAAAACCUCAUUGAAUACACCAACAUUCUUCUGUACACCUCUAUCUCUUCCUUGGCUUCGUUUACACCUCUCAUGGUGCGUUGUUUUGUAAGGCAUGCAGAACUAAUUGGAAUGAUUGGACAAGGGAACUAUUACACAUGGAGACAAAUAAUGUUGAUGGCUCAAACUAGAGGAACCAGUUCUGACCCAGAUCUGGCUUAAGAUUCCUAUCCCUGCAAAAAGAUUUUCAGUGAAACCAUAAUAUCAGAGGUUCUCAGUUUUAAGUGCAAAGUGUCUGGUUCUGUAGAUUGUACAGUCAAUCUCUUAGCCAACCAUCUGAGUGAUCUACACCCUACUACCAUUGCAUACAAAGCAAUAAGAGUGUGCUGUAUAUCAACACAGCUUUGCACAUAUACAAUACGUGCAUAUGUAAGAAACAAUAUGUGCAUAUGUAAGAAACAAUGCGUGCAUUUGUAAGAAACAGGACACAAGUAAAAAUGUGUCCCAGUAGAUUCAAAAAUGUAAAUAAGCAAAUAUUGCUCCUUCAUUGAAAAUGUGAGCAUGUUGGCUGUGGGAUGGAUGCCUGGGUACAUGGUUGAGCUGUCACACUGUUCUGAUGCAGUCAGAUGAAGCUAUUAGCUACCUUAGACAUUUUGGUGCAAAUUCAGCAGUGAAAUAAAAGCUGAACUAUAUAGUCACACAUGAAAUGUUUUCCCCAAAAUAUACAAGGACUGGUAUGUGCAUCAAAACUUCGACUCAAUAAAUGUAUCCAUUACAAAGUUUUACUUUCUUAUAUCUUAAUAUAUAUUAUCACAAAAUAAAAGGUUAGUCAGGCCAGGUUAUGACUAGUUGAGCCAUCAGCACCAUUUGCCUUUAUGUUUAAUGACUCUCUUAUUGAUACCUUUCUCUCGGUUCUGUGUGCCUCAUAAAACUAUGAUGGGAUGAAUCACGUGAACAAUGAUGAAGGCAGUGAUCAUGGUAGACAGAAUAGUUGUCCAAAAUGCUGUGGUAAACAAUGAAUUACUGUUUUGUUUACAGUGUGAGCUCUGAAAAAAAAGCAGUGAUGUUCCAGCUGACUGUAAAAUCCACUCACUUCACAUGUCCGACAGCUUCCUAGUGAUAAACCCCUGUGCUUCUGCAGCAUACAGGAUCCCCUCUAUCCUAAUCCAAUACCUCAAAAAGGCAGAGAAUGUGUGAAGAUUUUUGUGUAAUUUUUUAAAACUUUUGUUGUUGGCUGACCUUUGUGAUGGUCUGUUGACCAGUUAGGGGUUCUAUUUACAAUCACCCCAUCCACGGUCAGAAACUAUGCCUCUCUAUAUUAGUGAAGCAGCAGAGAUGAUAAAACUCUUCAGAUGAUAAGAAAAAAUUGUAUUGCUAACACAGAAACCUGUUGAGGCUGACUUUUUCCCUCUCAGAAUAUACAAAUGAAUUAAUGAGGGAAAUCAAUAAGGAAUUAUAUUGAUCAGCAGGAUCGAUAAUGGUGCCAGUAUCAGUUUGAUUUAACAUUUAAAACUAUAUUGACUGAUUAUGGAGCAAACUUACCAAAAGUAGGAUCAGUUUCUGGCUGGUGUUUAAUAUCUAUUCUGUUAUGAUUUACUAAGAUGUAUAGAAUAAUGCUGUUCAAUGUUGCUUCUGACUUAUCUGUUCGAAUGGUCAUCCAAGUUCAGCAGUCUCAUUUCUGGCAUUACAUAUCAGCAAGGGCCACUGAAAAACUAGUUAGUAUGUAGUUCCAUACACACGCUGUUUGAUCAAGAUCCUCAGAGUUCUCUGGGAUUUUGUGAUCUUGUGAGUCCAGCUGCUCUGUGCUACAUGUCAAACAUGCAUUUGGUGGUUGAAAGGUGCAAACAGUGCUGACUGAAUGAAACACACACACUUCAGUGCUGCAUCUUUACAGCUUUACAGCUUUGACCUCUGACCUUUCUGUGAAUGACUGUGAGGCAGGGCAGAAUCUUCAGAUGCAGAAAAAUGAAAAGAUCAUUUCUGUUAUCGCUUCUUUGCUCGUGUCUAAAUCUGCAGGUGCAUUUCUUUCUUUUCUUUGUUUGGCUGAUUUCCAGCAAGCUCUGCUGUGUUUCAUGUCUGUCUGUCCACUCCCCCUCCUCCCUUUGAUUCAACCACCCUGUGGACAGCUCUUUGAUGUGCCUGUAAGGUUGCUAGGUUACGGUGUGAUGCCUGUGAAUAACAGCACUGUUCCUCUGUGCUGAACCUGUAUUAUGCCCAUGGUGCUGGCACAACAGGCUGCAUAUUUUAGAGGCUGUGUGAGACUUCUCCUCUUGCCGAGCUCAGGCACUCACUGAAAACAGCCAAGACUUAGUCUUCUUCUGAUUUCUCCUGACAGCUUCUAGUCUGUAAAGUUUGUUGAAAUACCACCCCUGGAAUUUGUAGGAUUUAGUUACAAAGCUUGGUUUCUUUCACAUGAACUGCCUGUACAGCUCACCAAACCGCUCGCAGUGUCCUCUACAAUAUGAUCUCCUAAACAAUUGUGUGGUUUAAUGGUGUCUAUCAGUCCUGCUUUAAUGAGAUCUUCUGACCAAAGGGACCUAAAAACUGUACGUGUCUCUCUUUGUGUCUCUCUUGUCCUUUUUUACAGGUGUCAGAAGCAGAAAGAAAAGACCCCAAUGAGCUAGUUGGUGAGUACACACACACACACACACACACACACACACACACACACACACACACACACACACACACACACACACACACACACACAUCCAUCUGCCUUCUGCCAGUUUUAAAGCAUCUGUACUAAAAACUGAAAAACUAGAGAUUAGUUCAACAUUUUAUUAACAUACAAAAGUAUCCAUUCAUUAAAACGAUUUGUACAAAAAAUCCUUCUUGCAGGAAAGUUUAUACAUGUGUAUUAAUGUAAAGGCACUAUAAUGACCUGUUUUAUCUUAGCCUCAGUGAAUAAACUGGUGUUCAGCAGUAAGUGAAUGACACUUCACCCCUCCCUCCUCUGCCUCAUCAAGUCAUUCAGAAGUAGUUUGUUUCGUUCACCGUGUCGUUCACUGACUGACUGAAUCAUUCCGUUCACAUACUGAUACAGGUCGUUCACAUAUGUUUUUUCUCUGACUGAUACAUAUCGUUCAUUUGCUUUGAGUGAAUCACGAGACUCCGCCUGCCCACUCACUGGCUGCCUCUGUCAUUUGCUUAAGAGUCAAAGGCGGCAGUUCCACUCCUGACCGGCAUGCCAGGCUCGCGGCUGAGCUCAACUGAACUGAGAAAGGAACGAAUCAGGUCUCAGAGCGAUUCAGUUCACGUCGUUCACUCAGCACUUCCAUACUUUUGAACCAAACGUUCAUGAACGACACACUAAGGUUUAAUGACUUUGGAGAAUGUUUAAUCAAAACUUUCACUUGAUCAUACAUUUUUUUUAAAUCAGCUGUCUGUAAAAAAAAAAAAAAAAAGGCCUAUACAGAAUAUUGGGCAAAAACCAAUCAGUCUCCCCCUAGAAACGUAAUAUACCUUAUCAUACUCAACUUGAAUCAGAUGACCUUGGACAGAGUGCCAAAGACACAAACAAAUUAUAUGAACUUGGUACAAAAUCAAAACUACUGCUACUCACACAAAAUCAAACAUUUAUUGGAGGCAGAAUCGAACCAUUUAACUGUGAGGGUUAGGUGCUGGUGCAGUAAAGGUUUGAACCACACCCAGAUGAAUUACAAAAGCUUCUUUGUCCACUGACUGUCAGAGUGAGUGUUGGUGAGGUUUAACACGGGGAGCUGGCAGAGGUUAGUGAGUAACGGCUGACCAGUGCAGGUGUGUUAGUGAGUACAAAUAAGACAGGAUAUGAGUGAUACAGGGCGCGGCAUCACACACACACACACACACACUCACACACACACACACACACACACACAUACGGAGCAGUCUGUUAAACCAUCAGCUCGUGGCUCCCUCUCUGCUUUCUGUUUAUGUGGGCCCACAGCUGGGUGAAAUAUAUCACUCAUCCUCAUCCAUUUUUUGACUUCAAAACAAAACUAAGAUAUGAUUUAUAUCAUAAUGUUCUGGGAAGCUGGUGUAGGAUUGAAUCAUAAUAUUUUAACAAAUAUGGUUACUGACUGGUGUUUUUAGAAAAGAGUAUUUCAUCUUGAAAGAUAUUACUCAACAAACCAAAGUUGGAGAUGAUUUAUGGAGGGGAUUAGAUCUUAAGAAGAUUGUGAAAAACUCAUGGUGUAUCUGUGAUUAAGUAGUUACUGUGCAGAACAGAGUAGUGCAAAGCUGUUGUAACUGAAAAAUGUUAAUGAUUUAUAAAAAAAAUAUAUAAAUUUAAACAUGACGCCAACAACAGGUUUCAAAACAGUAUGUUUAGGGUCAACCGCAUACAUGAAAAAGUAAUGGAAUGCUAAACAAAUACCUAAAAGAUCAUCUCUAAACUAACUACAUUAAUCUGCACCAGUUUAGUAACAGGACUGGGUAUAAAAAGGAUGUUCACAGAGGCUGAGUCUCUCAGACAGAAAGAUGGGAAGAGGUUCACCACUCUGUGGGAGACUGUGUGAGCUAAUAGUUCCAAGAAUAAUGUUCCUGAGUGUCAAAUGUUUAAGAAUGAGCAACCAAAACAGUUAUAAUUGUAGUCAAUGUAAAUAAAAGACUUGAGAAAAUCAUGUUUAUUAAAGUGAAGAGGAAAAAAGAUACAAAUAAUAGUUAGAAGAGGGAGAAAAAUAAAAGAAUGAUAAUGAGAGAGAAAGAGAGUGGGGGGGAAAGGUUUCAGCAUGUUUACAUAUGUGGAAUAAAAUAAACAGCAACAUCCAUCGGAAAUGAUCACCUAUAUCUCCUCUAAAAAUGAAUAAGAAAAUAUAUCGGUAAAUAAAAUUAACAAAAAACAAUAAAACGGUGGACACACAUGCACAGACUGUCACAGAUAUUUACACUUUCUAGCUGCAACAAGGCUUUCCUUCAGUUUACUCAAUAUUUCUAAUGGCAUCCUAACGCUCCUGGAAGUAGGGUUGUCAAUCCUAUCACAGAUGGUAAGAUUAAUCUCUGGAAGGGUCAUAAAGAAGCAUCAGCUAAUCCUUAAAACAAAGAAGCUCUUCGCAACCUGAGUGUUGCAACUCUUUCAGUUACUGCACUUUUUAAUCUUUCCCUUCUUUUCCCUUCUGGAGUCCCUCCAACACACAUGGCAGGGACACCAGCAGAGAGAACUUGGCGGCCUUGGCCCUACAGUUCUGCGCCCUACAUCACCACCACCCUCCUGGUUUACAGUGGUCAUAAAAAAGAGUCAUGACGGAAAAAGAAAAACUCCAAAGCCUCCUUCAGUCCUCAUCAUCCUCAUCAUCAGUGCACUGUAGUGGCACAGUGUGAUUCACAGCCUCUGACUCUUGACUUCUCAUGGAUCGGCUCCUCUUGUCCGUCUGUAAAUGCCACAGUGGGUCUAGCAGAAGGGCUCCAGUCUGUGAGCUGCCUAAAGACAGCUCUUUGUCUGUUCAGUGAAGAGACAGCCAUUGUCCGUCCAUCCAAAAAGACCCAUAGGGGACAGAUUGUGAUGUUGUGUCUGUUUCUCAGGAGGACAGAUGGUGAUUUUCAUGCAGAAUAGAAUCUUUCCUCUGUCUCUUUUAUUACGAUGUGUCUCCCUGACAGAGCUCCUCUUAUGUGAGAAUAUUCCUCUCACAUUGAGCUAAAUUACAGAAAAGGCCCUUUAUUGCUCAGGCGUUGAGUUAUUCACACUUCCUUUGCAGAGUUUAUUUUGGUGAUUUGAAUCAGAGUUUGUUUAAUGAGGCCCUGGAAUUAUCAGCUGAAUCCUCUUUGUUUGCAGCGGAUUAGCAGGCUACUACAACACUAACCCCCUGUUGCAGCUACAAAGUGUAAUUAUCUGUGAUAGUCUGUGCAUGUGUGUAACUAUGGGAGAAAAACACUGAAUGCCAGUGACUCAUCCGACUUGCCUCGUCAGGUUUUUAUGCACCCUAAGGCUACAGGCUCCUCUGUGUUUUUACAAUGAGGGUUGCACAAAACAGUUACAUGUAUGGAACCGUUUAUCUUCAUGUAGCUGCAUACCUGUUCAUUUCAGCUGUGAAAAAUGUGUGUUCAUGCACAUGCUUAGCAUUACUUAUGAGUCUAGCCAACAAGGGCAACGCCCUGCCCCUCCCUCUUUUUUUUUCUUUUUUUCUUUUUUUCUUUUUUCGACUCAGGAAUGUUACUGUAGCCAAAUCAGUGAUGAACUCUUGGGGCUGAGGGGAAUCAGGGUGACGAGUCAGUCCACGUGUGUGGAGCUGUGGUCCAACAUGGUGAGCAGAUUGAGGAGAACAGUAGAGAUGCUGAAGGGAGGGACUGCUGGAAAGAGUGUGUCAGUACACAACGGAGGGCUGUCUGCACACAAACAUUUCAAAGUUCAGCUCUGGCACAGUCCCACAAGAGGGGCGGCAAUGUUUACAUCAACAGACGCACUGUAGGCGACAUAUCCGACAUACAAACGUGAUAUACAUCACUGAGACUCACCUGGUAAAGAACAAUGUCACUAUUAUCACCAUCUACACCAUCACCAUAACCAAUGAUCAAAGUGAAAUCAUAGAUUAGUGUUAGAGAUGCUCCAUAUCAGAGUUUUGCUAAGAUUCAACAUGCCGAUAUUUUCAAACUGAUUACUGAUAUCAGUGCUGAUAUACACACUUUUUGUCAUCGUUAAGAACGCAAAAGCUCUUCUCUGAAGAAAUUUACCUGUUACUCUGAAUGUGACCUCUUUGUUUUUUUUAAUCCCACCAUGAAUGAUUUAUGCAUUUCUUUUCAGUCAUGUCUACAAGCAUGGCUGACAGCCUCAUGAGUGUGGCUGCUGUCAUGGAAGGCUACCGCCCUUUAGAUAAGAUGUUCCUCCACCCCAAAUUACAGCAGAUCAGAUUACUAGAGUAUAAAUAUACGUGCUGUUAUGAUGUACACAGUAGUGAGUUUAAUGUUGCCUCUGAUGUGAAUAUGACAUGUUCUGAAAUCCAUUACACAACCAAGGGUUUUUUUCUACUUCAUGAACCACUUUAAAACAUGUUUCUGGCUAAAAUUACUAUGUAUAUUAGAUCAUAAUGAGAGUAAAGUAAGAUAGUAUACAAUAAAAUGUCCUUAAAUGCAAACAAUCAGCUGACCUACUCUGUAAUAAUCUUCACUGGUAUCAGUCACUGAAAACUCACCACAAAACUUUGUUUGCCUCUAGCAAAUGUUCAAUAAAAACUGAAACUUUUCACAUCAAACACAGGGGUAAACAGUAACCACUUACCAAUCAGAUGGUGAUGUGGGUGGGACAUUUAGUGAAACAGAGAGGCGAGUGAAAAACACAUCCAGAGGGAAAGACAGCCUGAUAGUAAAGCCAAAGUAAACCCACUUUUUAGUUGAUUUAUGAUGUCUGGGAUGAGUCUAAUACAAACGCUAAUACAGAUGAUCAGCCGUAAACAGAAUAUCAGCCUGAUGAUCCCCCCUAGGCCAAUGUUCAGUCUUCCCAGGUAAAAGAAAAAUUAAUGUGUAAUAGAUGUAACUAAUGAUAAACAUCUACGUUUUAGCGCUUAGCUCCAAGUCCUGCAGCUUUGAACUGUAAUUGUUCAGCUCACAUGUGGUCACUGUUAUUUUUAAAUACAAUUUUAAGAGGUUCAUUACCAUAAAUAACAAGCUGAGUUAUGUGUCAAGGUUAAUCAUUUUUCAGCAGUCAUUAAAUGUGUCAUUGAUGAGAAAUUAUUUAAUGAGCUUUCCAAAGUUCGUCAUGAUGACAGAAGACACAAAACAAAAUAUUAAAAAUGUGAAACCUAUCACAGUAGACACUUUUUGCGCAGCUGUUUGGAGGCUGGAAAUUUUCCUCUAAAGUUUAGUAAGACAUUGUUCAGCCAGGCUGAGCAAAAAAAAAAAAAAAAAAAAACUUCAGAAAGUUAUCUCCUCAAGUUUGGUCAAGUUUCUACAUGUUGACAAUCUGAAUGAAAGUCAGCAAUACGAGUACAUCUCUGUGUUUGCACAAACACAUGCAGGCUCUGCAGGCUUGCAACACUUAUCCAGAGCUUGAUUGACGACUAUCUGUCUCAUUUGGAAACGGAGUGACACUGAAGAAUGCCUGGCCUGCAAUCAGAAAAAGCAGAGACAGACAAGUCAAGUAGGGAGAGUCAGGAGUCCAAAGGCAUUGAGAGAGAGAGGGUUGGGGAGCCUCCCUUCGUACAAGCCCCAACAACAGCCACUCCCUGCCCUGAACGUGCACUCCUCAUACCACACUGCUCCGUUAUACCACUGACGUACACACAUGCAAGAAUGUGAUGAAGAACAAGAUGCUCAGAAAUGUUAUCUUUACACAGACUAACCUUUUGUUUCAUUUACUGAGACAGUUCCUCCUCUUCACCCUGAUGUCUAAUCCUCCUCAUUAUCCAUCACCCUUUAACUUAAAUACUGAACACAGUUCUGUUUUGAUAACUUUGUUUUCUUCGUUACUCCUUAUUCUGCAUGCAAAGACAAGCAGGACAGGGCAAAGAGGGAAAGUCACUCAAGGGAAAAGAUGUAAAGCUCAUGUUCAGUAUUUUGUGUUUUUGCUAGCUCUGUUCUCCGAGAAGGUGAGGAACAUGUCACCUGAUGAGAUCAGGAUCCCGCCUGAGCCCCCAGGACGUUGCUCCAGCCAACUACAGGUAGACAAACUUCUCCUGUUUCACUGUUAAUGCAAAGCUGUCCCUGCAGCACACACUCUACACACACACAUGGUGCCACAUGAACAGGAACAGUCAUAUUCAAAGAGCCUAGAGAGGAUGUUUUAGAAACAUUGAUGCAGCCUUCGAGAAGUCACCCUAUGGUUAUUAAUGCUGAGUUUUGAAGCUUGUUGGUGUUGGUCAAACGCUGACUAAACAUCAAGGAGACCCAACAAAAGGAAGUGGGUUAGAGUUGGGACUUAGUCACCUCUCUUACAGCUAGUGUGUCCUCCUGCCAGUCAGCUCAGCUGGUUUGCCAAACUUGCAACCAAAUAUCUUUGAGGCAUGCAUUAUAAAAAAAAAUCCCUCCAGUACAGUGUGUGUCGCCAGAGAAAUGAGCCAUUCAGACCAUACUGUAAAAAGGUUCAUUUUUGCUUUUGGAUGGGUGCAAGGUGCUUUUUGUAACCAGCCUCAAUUGUAAGAAACUGAAGUGUUGUUCGUGUUUAAUAUUUGGUGUACUGUUUUGUUUAAGAUCAAAGUAAAAGGCUUUCUCAAAAGCUAUCCACCUUGCAGCGCUGCCAACUAGAAACAAAAUAUUUAAAAAAAACAAGUCACCGCCUACAUUUUUCUAAACAUUUGAGAAGCAUUCGCAGCUGGUUAAUAUCAAUACAAGCAUGAGAAAGAUGUCUGUCUAUCAGCGUCAGCCCUACUCCUGAAUAUUCUCUAUGUGCAAGCCUGGUGAUUGUCAUGUUUUGAUAAUUAUAAAUAGGAAAUAAUCUAUUGAUUGCCUAUCCAUGAAUUGAACUGAGUGUAACCUCUUUGCUGCAAACAGCAAUGCUAACUUCUCACUAACUCUGUCUUAUUUUGAGGAGGUAGAACUGCCUCUUGAUUAUAUACAAUAAUUUACGAAAUGUUCAGAAUUUGGACAGAAAGCCACUAAAGGUCUUGUUUAUGGUCUGUAUGUACUGUGGGUGUGUGAGUAAAACUCUAAUGUCGUUUUGGAGACCCAGUUUAAAAGCCCUUGUGUCCUACAUUGUGUGUUUUACAUUGGUUGGUUUUAUUUGUCUGAUCAACACUUUCCACAUAGUAAAAGUUUUCCUGACUUGUCACUGGCUCUUUAAGGGAGUGGUUGGAUUUCAUAAGCAGACUCACUGUCUGCACUUGUCCCUUUGGCACAUGUACAACAGAGUUAGGAGUUUAAGGUCGGAGUUGAAGUUUGGAGUGUUCAGUGCUCAAAGCGACCUCAUCCUGAGAUCUUUGAGUAGAUGCACAAUAACCUGUUCUCCCUGCCAAGUAAACAAUUCAGAAGUUUCUCCUGCUCCCUCUGGGGUUAGAAACAAACUCUGGUGAUGCAUGAAUUCUUUAACUCCCCUCUGUAAUUACACCAGCACACAGUGUCGUCCUCUGCCUAUUUCAUAUCACAAGUGUUUCUCCCUCCCUGCCUCUCUGCUGUGGAUUUGCGGUGUUUAACUGUGAUAUGAUUUGCUCUGUGAGGAACUGAGGCAGGUCAGGACACACUCUCCUGACUUAGCAAGUGAACAGCUCAGCUCAGCAAGUAUUCCCGCUGGGUGAACACUCCCCUCAUCUGUCAGAUGAACAAAUAAUGAUUCACCUUCACCUGAACAGCCUGGCUAUCCCAGCCCUCAGGUUAUUGAAAAGUAGGAACAGGUUUGAAUACGCAGCAGAGUAAAGGGCUGUAUUUCCUCUUGCUUUACUGUUUGUUGUAAACCAUCAACUUCAUGAGAAAUUGCUGAAAUGGUUCUUAACUUGAACUCACACCACCCUAACCCUCCCAAAAAAAGUGUGAUGAUGUAACGUCUAGGAAUGGGCAUUUAAAGACAAUCCUCUGAUCGAUUAAUUAUAUAAAUUUUUUAUGCGAAUGGCAAAAAUACACAAAACAGUGUUUUUCCUCAUUAAAAUACACCCCCACCCCACCCCUCGGACUGCGUGCUGCAUACUUACUCACGCUUCCUACCUGCUUGGCUACCUUAAUAACUGUUGUUUUUUUCUCUAAAAUCCGGGUCAACUCUAGCCAGGGACAGGUCACCCAAAACGGGGAAUUCCUGACUGGACAACGAGGGUAUCGCUUCUGAUCAGCAGAGGUUGAUCUUUGAGAGAAAGCAGCCGAAGGAUGGACACAUGCAGUCAGCCCUUUUUUAAAAAUGUUAGAUGGAUCAUUAAUUAAUCAUGCCUAUUCCUAGUUACAGCACAGAAAGAGGAACAGGCAGAUAUUUGGACCCGCUGACACUCUGUUCCUGACAAACAUGUACGGUUAAAGUGAUUUGUUACUGCUUUGGAUGUGGGGUUGGUUUAAAGAUAAACCAGCAUGUCCCUAGUAAGUGUAUUAACCACAAUAGAUGCAGUUUAACUCGUCCACUUUACAAAGAAACUGUCAGGAGAACUGGCACACAGGCUUGGCUGCUGUGAUUUUCUUUUCAGACACACACAGAAACACACACUUGCCUCUUUUGCCUUUUACUUUAUAGAUGAACACUACAUUGAACUAAUUAAAAGUGUGCUACUUUGGCUCUGCUGCAGGUAUAUCUGUUUUUUUUCUACCACUGUGUUUCACAUAAUGUCCUGCACACAACAUUGUCGGAUUGGCGACGUGUUAGACGAUUGGAGGAUUAAGCUACACGGUCGGCGUUGGUGGUAAACUGUCCACUUCUGUAUAUGAUGUUGAUUAAACAUUUGCUGAAAGCAUCUAAACAAAGUUCUGAGUCUUGAUUCAUAACAUUACAAAUGAGGAAUUUUGAGAGAGGUUUUCUUUUUUUACUAGCAGUGCAGAUCAUUUUCAGAUACUAGGUGAUCAUCGGUCUCAUGAAUUACCAAUAGUCUGAGUGAAAAAAAUCCCCUAGUGUUGGAGAAGUUUUCUGUGGAAAGUUUUCUCUUCAUCCACCUUUUUUCAUCUUGUCCUAACCAUUUUUCACCACUAAUGCCUCGGCUUCACCUGCCAGCUCCAUGUGGCUCAGUUGAACCUAGUUGUGAAAUAUUUCCCAUGGGAAUCAGGUACUUAUAAUACAACAGCUCCAUUCACACUGACCUUGGCUUUAGAAAGGGUGAAUCACAUACGCUAAUGUUUUAUGAUAGUUUGUUACUGCCAGGCUCAGAGUGAGGAGAGAGAUAAGUCACAGUGGAGGUCCUCACAUUUGGAAAUGAUCUGUCUGUUCAUGUCUCACAUUUGUUUGUUUUGCAACAGGACAAGAUCCACAAGCUUUACGAGAGGAAACUCCAUGGAGACUUCGACACCAACAGCCACAUACAGAAAAAGAAAGAAUUCAGAAAUCCCAGGUAUGCAGUUUAGAGGAGCGAGCAGCCAAACACAUGGAGCACGACUUGUACAUCUUUUUGUGUUUUGCUGCGCGUGCUUUGAAGUUCAUUCACCUUUACUGCCUAUGAAACACAAAACGUCUGCUGUUUCAAAAUAAAAGGAAGGGUUAUUAUUUAUUCUUGUAAAAUAUCUGCCCAACUUUGACAUAUUUUAAGUACAAAAAUGUUCAGCAGCACAGGAAGGUACAGUUUUGAAGCUGUUCCAGAAAGUUUGCAUUAGCUGGCAGCCACAACACAGCUGUAAGGCCUACAACACAAUGAUGAAUGUGUCUUAUCAGAGUGUAUCCACGCAGAAUUGUUUAAUGUACACAGGUUCAGAUUGUUAUCCCGGUUAUCUCACAUUAUAGAUGUUGAUGACUGGCUUACAGCUUAUUAUAAGAAUAUUUCCUAAGACUAUAAAAAAAAAGGAUUUAAAAUAGAGAAAGGCCCAGAUUGUGAAAAGGGUGUUAGGGGCUCCUUAACCACAGACUGUUGCAUUCAUUCAGUGUAGCAUCAAGAGUUGAGGCUUUGUCUCAUUGUCACAAUGUUAUUUCAUUAAGCACAUGCUCUUAUCCAAAGGAACACACAUCUGUGAUCUGAGAGUCUCUAUGGGGUUGAGGUCAGGCCAGUUGGCUGGUCAAUCAAGCACGGUAACACCAUGGUCAACAAACCAGUUUCUAGUCGUUUGGGCGUCAGGUACCAGGUCCUGCUGAAAAAGAAAAUCUGUAUCUCCAUAAAAUUUCUCAGCAGAUGAACCAUAAAAGUCUCUAAAAUCUCCUUAACGCUGUGCUAACUCCAGACCUGUUAAAACACAGUAGAACAACAGCAGCAGAUGACAUGGCUCUUGGUAGUCUGACUCCAGCUUCAGUCCAGUCCUUGUGGAAGCCCUUUAAGUUCUUGAAUCUGCUUUGUUUGAUGAUCCUCUCAAGGUUGCUCUCAUCCCUGCUUUUUUGGUCUCCUUUUCCUGUCAGCAUUCUGCACCAUGAUUGUACUGAACUAGAUAAAAUGAAGAGAUACACGGUGUUCAUGUUAUGAUGCUUGAAUAGUAGUUUACUCAAACUGAAUGAACGGUUUUACACUUUGCACCUCAUAUAAUUAUUGCUGAGAUCAGAAAAACCUGACCUCCUCCUCAAGUCUUGUUUGUUUUGUUGUUCUCAUAGCAUUUAUGAGAAGCUCAUUCAGUUCUGCGGGAUAGAUGAACUGGGAACCAACUACCCAAAAGACAUGUUCGAUCCUCACGGCUGGUCAGAAGACUCUUACUACGAAGCUCUUGGUAAGCGUUUGCGCUUCUUCCCUACAGCUCUGCAUGAUCAGAUGAGAUACCCAGCAUUCAUGCUUGUGUUAAUUUUUCUUUCCAGCCAAAGCCCAGAAGGUGGAGAUGGACAAACUGGAAAAAGCCAAGAAGGAGCGAACGAAGGUAAGUCCAAUAACGACAAAAAAGAGGAUUAUUCAGGAGUCAUCCCUCUUUUCUGUCUGUGUCAGGGGCAAGUCCCUACCAGCUGCUCUUCAUUUCGACUUUAUAUCCUUAAUCAGAUGCAUGCAGAAAUCCACACUGCAGGAUUCAGCUAUGCCUGUUCUUGCUUUUUAUAAGGGUUUCCAUGUAAAUACAUGCUCUCAGGAGAAAUUAGGUCAAAAACACUUGUGUUUAAUUCUUUCCAGCUAAAUUAUUGUUCAGAGGUGAUGCAUGCUGCUUCCUUCAGCAGCUCCAACAGCUGCUCUCAUGAUAGGAAGUGUACUUGAAAGGACAUGUAGUUCACAGGAACUGCACUGUUAUUCUCUGCUAUGAAAUGUAGACUGUGGUAUGCAAGUCACAGUGAUUUUGAUGAGAGAAUGAAACCAGACGGAAGGUAACAUCCUUCUCCUCUCUGGAUGGUGGUUGUAGCACAUUAAACAGGAAUCAAACCAGUGUUCUGAUGCUCCACAGAUUGAGUUUGUCACAGGGACAAAGAAAGGCACCAAUCCCUCCAGCACAGCAGCCUCCACCACCAGCAGCACCACCACCACCACUGCCACAGGUAAACAUCCACCUCUCAACUUCAGCUCGCUUAAACCUUUCUACAUCGCAGUUAUGGUCACUUUUGCAAGGCUGGUUUUCUGUUUGGAAGUCAUAUCAGGGUCACUGUUAAACCGUAACAGCAGUGGUCUUACCCUCAUCAUUAUAAACCUCGAUCCAGGAUCAGGAUGAGAUCUUUAUGUCCUUGCAACUUCCUUUAAAGAUAUCAACAAAUGAUGAGUUAAAUAAACAAAAGUAUUAAAAAGAAUACAGCAACUGAUGUGAAACACACAAGAACUUUAUCUUGAACACUCCCAAAAAGUAGUCAUCUAUAAAAUAAUCAGUCUACUUGUUUCCAAUUUUCAUCAAUUUUUUUAACCUUACUGUAAACUCACAAGUGGCUGAAUGGUGACGUUAGCUAAAGGGCUGUCAAAGUUGUUUUGUGAAUUAAAAUAUGAGCUGAUCUCUCUUCUAAUCAUCUCUGUCUUCAUCGGUGUAGCUGCUCAUCAGUCAGGGAGUCGUGAAAUGAUCACAGUUAACUAGAGUAAUGAGGUUUAUACAACCGGAAAGACAGUAAUAAUACAUGAUGUCGAUAUACAAGUCACUCCCCUGCAUACAUCUGCAUGUGAAAGGCUGGGUCAUAACCAAUCACAGAGCUUGUUUAAUGGCUAAUUUGCAUUCUUGUACAAAAAUACAAAUAACUUUCCUAACCAAUCAGCUGACAGGAAAAGGAAACGCAGCCAGGAAAUGGAAAUAGAAAUGGGAAAAGGAAUAGUCCUUUUUAAAUGGCUAAUUAAAGGAUGAAUUCUUGAUCCAGUUUGUGAAUUUGUGAAUUUAAUCCUCAUUUUAAAAAUGCAUUUUGAAAUUGUACAAUUUUAAAGAUUCAUUCAUACAUUUUCCUUUAGUUGUACAGUUUUUUUUUAAUUAAAGAAAUGCUUUAUUUCAAUUUAUGCAACCCUUGUGGUCCUCCAUACAUCCAUGUGACGCCGCAGUUGCUGUUAAAUGAGAUGAAUUGAUCUUUGAAAUGCUGUACCUCUUGAAAAUACCUGUCGAUGACCAUCACACUGAGGCAGCUGCUUCUUACUUUGACAUGCAGUUUUGGUAACAAGCAGUUUUACCGGAGAUGCUCAGAUCAAUUUGUCGACAUUUUAUAGUGAGUGGAGCUUGUUGCCUCUUGCAGACAAACUCUGAUAUGUUUCGUCACCUAUCUUAUCAGAAGUGUUUCUGAAGAAAAAUCUUAUACCAGUCUGUUUCAUUCAAAACAUGGACGACAAACACAUGACUCUGUAAUGAAACUAGGUGUAUAAACUUACCUGUGUGCCUUUACCUGAUGUUAUAUCAGGCCUGCCUGCACAGCUGUUGGGUCAGCUCCUGCUCUCCUCUUACUUAAUUCUUCUGUGUGUACUCUGUUCAGCAGAGGCUCAGAAGAGGAAAAGUAAGUGGGAUUCAGCCAUCCCUGUGACCCUGGCCCAGCCCACCCUCAUCACCACCACUGCAACCCUGCCUGCUGUCGUCUCUGUGACCACCACCGCCAGCGGCACUAAGACAACUGUCAUCUCUGCAGUGGGCACAAUCCUCAAGAAAGCCAAGCAGUGA